UAGAGAUAUUUUUUAAUCCUAAGUGCUUUUCAAUUCGGGUCAAAUAUUUGACACCAAACAAGACUGAAUUUGUUAUCAAAUGUCCACUUCUUGUGAAAAUUCACCAGGUAACCGUAUCCUCAGUCACUAAUAUGCAGUGGGAAGGGCGGUAGCGGUAACGUUAGCUGUAAAACAAGUAUGAAAGUCACGAUUUUAUUGCAAUUGAAUGCGGACCACACAUAUGCCGAAUUGAUAAGAACAUCUUUGCUCAAACGGCUGUCCCUGUGGAAUAUAAGCAGCCUGGUGAAUAUUUGGUGAAGACUGCUGCCAAGAUGGGAAAUGGAUUUUCAGAUCAUAACCCCUUUUUCCCCUGCCUGCCGUCCUUCCAGGCUCUUCACAUUGUCAUUCUGGGACUGGACUGUGCAGGCAAGACCACUGUACUGUACCGCCUACGUUUCAAUGAGUUUGUGAACACUGUCCCUACUAAGGGGUUUAACUCAGAGAAGAUUAAAGUGUCACUCGGAUGUAGCCGACGGACAGCUUUCUUCCACUUUUGGGACGUAGGUGGUCAGGAGAAGCUUCGCCCUCUGUGGCGCUCAUACACACGCUGUGCUGAUGGCAUCGUGUUUGUGGUGGAUUCGGUGGACGCUGAGCGCAUUGAGGAGGCCAAGACAGAGCUGCACAAGAUCACACGGCUGGUAGAGAACCAGGGAGUGCCAGUUCUAGUGGUGGCUAACAAACAGGACCUGAGGAACUCACUUAGCCUGGCUGAAAUGGAGAGCAUGUUGGCACUUGGCGAACUCAGCACUGCCACACCCUGGCACCUUCAGCCUGCUUGUGCUAUCAUUGGUGAGGGACUGCAGGAAGGCUUGGAGAAGUUGAACGCCAUGGUCAUGAAAAGGAGAAAAAUGUUGCGGCAACAGAAGAAGAAGAAGAGAUGAUGUGCUAAGAGGGGGAACUAUAAAAUGCAAGCUGCAUACAAUCUGCUGGUCUAUUGUGUCAUUUGGCUGCUGUUUUAACACUGAUUAGCAGAGUUUGAUCCUUCCAGUUCAACUGUGUAUUCAGGCCAGCCAUUGUUUGGCCUCAACAGAAGGACAGUGGGAUUGAUUUUGAUCCAAGGACUUUGGAUGUAAACAAUCCUGUCAGCAACAAGUCAUUCAAGGAAGUCCAGUAUUAUGCUAUAGCAGCAAGCUAUGGAGUUUAUACUGAACAAUUUAAAGUGGACAAUUAGCUAUGUUGGUUUUAAUAUGUGUUGCUACCAAAGAAUGUUUUAGCGCAGUUUUAUUAAUGCUGCGUAUGUUAGUAUUUUGUAUCAAUGUUUCAUGUUUGUUAAGAAAUCUUUAUGAUCACUAAGAACAUAAUACACAAUAACCUUGAAACAUAUUAAUGCUGUUCAAAACGGCUGUUAUGAUGGAAACAAUUAUUUAGUUGUUUGGUAGUAUACCUACCAUUUGGUGGCCUGAUGUUCAGAUAUUCUGAGCACAUAUGAGUCAUACUGACUAAAACAUUAGGUUUUGGUGUCUUUAAAUUGAGUGUGUUUCCCACAGGUUGACAAUUGACUUGUGUUGGGUGGCGCAGGAUGCGACAACGCGUGUGAUGGCUGGGUUCGGUAAUAAACUUGUCAAACAAAGGUUUAUGAACUAUUUAUUGGAAACAA